AUGGUAUAUCCUAAUGUUUCCUUAGAAGUCGUUGUCAGAGCAUACAAUGCGCCAGACAUCAAUCCCUGUGUCACAUAUACAGAAAUAGACAAACCCAAGCGGAGUACUGCAUACGGUGCAAACCAAACAUGGGAAGAACUGCUGUGUGAUGAGAAUCUACUUUCAGGAUGGUAUCGUUUUGUUAGUGGUGCUGGGGGUGAAAUGCCCAUUAAUAACGAUAUACCUGCUUACCAUUGUGGUACUCAUAUACCUUUGUAUUUGAACGGCACACAUCCUACGGUGGAAGACGAUGUUUUCAAUCGUACAACAUGUGGAAAUUACCUUGGGUCUCUUUGUUACCAGGAGUACCCAAUGCAGGUCAAAAAUUGCUCAUCGUAUUAUGUAUACUUUCUAAUCAGAACAAGAGGUUGCUCAGAAGCUUACUGUGCAGGCGAUGAGUUGGAAUGUCAGUCUGGGUACGUAUCUCCAUAUGGUAAUUUCACGCCUGACUGUCAAGAUUUAGACGAAUGUACUAGAGAUGCCCAUUCCUGCAAUCACAUGUGUGUUAACACGGCUGGGUCGUAUUACUCCUGA